AUGCCUACAUGCCUACUUCAAAAGCUUGAAGUUUUGCAAAACCAGGCCCUUAGACUAAUAACAGGUGAUGUAAAAACUACACGUAUAGAUGCAAUGAUCUUGCUGACAGGCAUUAAACCUUUGGAUAUUGUCCUUAGGGAAAGGGCUGUCUUACUAUACUUUAAACUUACCCAAAUGGAUAAUUUCUGGACUAACUAUCAACUUACCCCUCGUAGUUUAAAAACUCAAAAUGGAUUUAUUCAGACCAUCAAUGAUCAUUUGGUUGGGAUCGAUCCGCUCCAACUAGAGGGUCAGCUGGAACUGGUGAGCCCUCUUGACUACCAAAAAAUUAAUGCCAGGCUCUCUCUUGAGCAGGACAUUGUCAAAAGUGAAACGUCUACCGCUGCUCUCCACCUUCUUGUGCUGGAGACAAUGGGAAUCCGUUACCCGGAACCGCUCCGACUGAGAGUUUUUACAGAUGGCUCUUUCGAUCCGGAUCAACCAAAUGCUGGAUCUGGUAUCUUUUGUAAUCUCUUCUCCUUUGGUUCCCCAGUGGGUGCCAAUAAAUCUGCUUUUGACGGGGAAGUUGUUGCUAUCCGUAUUGCUCUCGAACAGCUUUUUUGUUUUAUUGAGUCUUUUUCAAAUGAGGUUAUCCUUUCAGACUGGAAGGCGGUGCUUUGUCGAUUGAAUAUAUGCAUUGGUCUUCCACUUGCGACGUUCUAA